AUGCUUACUCGUGAAGAUGGUGUGAUGAAACAAGAGACCAAUGCAAAAGCCUUUCAGAACUUUGCAACAAGUACCAAACAAUCAGAUGCAACGAAAUCGGUGACUACUACAGAUCAAAUUGAAGCCGAGAGACCUUGGACCCGGGCUGAACAAAGUGCCUUGGAAGCAGCCUUGCGUUCAAAUCCAGCUAACCCUUGUGAACAUCCUGCAGUUCGUUGGCAAAAAAUUGCAAAUGUGGUGGGCACACGUACUAGCAAGGAGUGUCUUCAACGGUACAAAAUACUUCGUUGA